AGACUUCAGAAGGGAGAGCAACACUGAAACAAGAUGAGCUUUACCCAAUUACAGUUAUUGGGGUUGUUACUUGGCGUUGUUGCGGCCCAGGAUGGCGGUCCUAUGUUCGAGUUCCUGGGGGAGUUUGGUGCCAUGAAAAGAAAGCAGGAAGCCACGGACGCCAGGCUGAAGGAGGUUGAAAACCAGAUCCUGGAAAUGAAGAGCAAAGAGGCAAUGCAGGUAGUAUUCAGUGCUGCAACAGGUGGCAAUGGGGGAAUUGGACCAUUCCCAACGCUCACGACUGUCGUGUACAGGAAAGUGAUAACGAACGUGGGAGACGCCUACAAUCAGUCCACUGGUAUCUUUACCGCACCUGUGGCAGGGAUUUACUACUUCACCUUCUUUUAUCAUGCUGGAGGAGGUCACCGCGUCAGUCUGAAACUCAUGAAGAACGGCUGCACCGUCGUGACUGCCUACGACCACCAGACGGCCCACGAUGGCGCUGAUAACGGCGCCAACGCAGUGUUCCUGCAGUUGCAGCAAGGGGACAAAGUGUACAUAAGCCUGGGUGCAAACACACAAGUCUGGGGAAAUGAUGAAAUCACCACUUUUAGUGGUUUUCUGCUGAGUCAGAUCUGAGUAAAAGUCAAUUUCAAGGCUUCAUUUGUUGAAUCAAUAAUUUUUGACACACUUCAAAAUACUGCUUUCCUUUGCAGGGUCAGGCGGGUCUGCUUGACUCUGCUAAUAACACUAAUAAUCACACCUACGGAGAAUUUAGAAUCAUCAAUUAAUAGUAUACGCAUGUUUUUGGACUGUGGGAGGAAGCCGGAGUACCCGGAGGGAACCCACACAAGCACGAGGAGAACAUGCAAACACACAGAAAGACCCUGCCGGGCCUGGGAGUUGAACCGGGAACCUUCUAGCUUUGAGGCAACAGUAACCACCAAGCCACCGUACUGCCCCUCAGAAUUUCCUCAAUGCAGAGGUGGGAAGGUGGGAAUCUUUUACUAUCUCAAGAAACAAUUUCAUUACGAUUUUUGGGGCUAUGAUUCGUUUCAAAAUAUAUUUUUGAUUCAAAACGAUUUUCGAUUCAAAACAGUUCGAUUCAUAAUGACUUCUGCUUUGAUAGGUAUAAAAAGGAUCCUCAUGAUCUACUUCAGUCUGCUUUGCAAGAGAGAAUGAUAAAUGGAGACAUUUAAGUGUCUUUUUCACAUUAAUUAAAUUUUAAACAUUUAUCCAUACCAAGAACACAGAAGAGAAUUAGGGCCACUGAAGAAAAAAAAUUUGAUUCUAAGAAAAAAGUCAGAAUUCUGACUUUUAUUUCACUAAGCCUCGCAAGACAACAUUUUAUAAGAAUUACGAUCAUCUGCAAAACUGUUCAGUGACCCCCCCCCCACCUGCAAGAUCUUCCCAGUAAAAAAAUAUUUAAAAAAAUAAUAAAAGCAACACAGUGUCUGAAA